GUAAAUUACACGUCCCGUAUGCUGUGUUGGAAUGGUCUGUCGUCCGACCGUACUGACUGUUUUAUAUUCUCACCAUACUAUUGGUAACCAUUAAAAAGCCAUGUUUGCGAAGCUGAAAAAGAAGAUAGUGGAAGAAGAAGGUGUUGAGGAAAACAGUCUUUCUAAGAAGUAUGUAGGAACAACACAACCACAACAUGCAUCAAAUACAUCACCAAUAUCCAGAGGCCAUAGAGGAUCAGUGGCUAGUCUAUCCUCACAUGGUAGUUCAUCUAGUCUUAAUACUCAAACUCAUUCAGGAGAUGCCAAGAAGGGAGCAGAUGUACAUGUAACAGUUGAGACAUUACAAACUGAAUUAUCUCAACGUAACGACCAGGUCAGGCGACUGGAGAGUAAAUUAGAUGAAUAUUCUGCAAUGCUGAAAGAUACAGUGAAGUCAAAAGAGAAGUUGGAGACUGUUUUGGAGAAACAACAAGAGGCUCAUACAAAACGGAUUCAAGAAUUAAAUGAAGAGUUUCAGUUGAGAAGAUCCAAGAUGGCAGACAAGCUAGCCUCAGCUGUAAAGAAAAAAGAAGAGGAGCUGAAUGCAGAGAUACAGACAUUGGAUAAAGAAAAGGUGGAUCUUCAAGACCAGUUACAGAGAUUGUCCAUGGAUAAAUUCAAGAAACAAGAAGAUAGUGAAGAAUUACAAGGCUUCCAGGUCCAGGAACUAGCUAAGGUCAAACACAUGUUUGUGAUUAGUCAAGAGGAACUCCAUCAAUGUAAAGCUGAUCUAGAACAUAUCAAAGAGAAGUUUACUGAGAGUAAUGAACGAUACAAUAAGAUGGCAACAGAAUUCACUAGUACAAAGGACAACCUUGCUAAGCUCAGACAAACAAGGGAUGAAUUGAUUAAACAGAAGACUCAAUCAGAAGACCACAGCUCCCAACAAGAACGUCUCAAGACGUCAUUAGAAGAUAGACUGCAAAGCUUAACAUCAGACAAUCAGGCGAAGGGUCAUAAGAUAAUGACAUUGGAGGAGAGAUUAUCAAGCACACAGGAAGAUAUGGAGUCCUUACGUCAUGAGAGGGAAGUCUACAAAACACAGAUGGCUACCCAGCUUCAUGAGAAAGAAAGUACAAAAAAACACCUUGAGGAGAAGGUUACUAUGCUUGAGCAAAGACUACAAGAUCAUACUCUGACUGAUGAUGAGCAACUCCAAGCUAUCAUGGCAGAGAGGGAUAGGCUGGAGCAGAGAGUUGAGGUCACUCGUCGAGAAGUUAAUGAUAUUAGAAAUUCAACAGCGGAACAAAUAUCCGGACUGGAGCAACAGAUAUCUCAUCUGAAUACAAAGAUAGCUGAGGAUAGUGAAGAUGUUCAAGAGAAGCAGAACAGUAUAGAAGCUAUGUCACGGAGACAUCAUGAAGAAGUUAAUCAACUUCAAACGCAACUCAACGAUGCUCAACAGCUAGCACAAGCUCAUCUACAACUCGCUAAUCAAAGACACUCUCAAAUUACUGUACAGAAAUGCUUGAGUGAAACAGAGUUGAGUGAGACCAAAGAGCAGCUUGCUGAAACUAAACGACAAUCUUUACAAGUUAAGAAACAACUACAGGAUAAGAUUGCAACACUAGAGUCUAAGUUAAUGGCUCUUACUACAGCUACAGACUUUGACAAGAGUGCAGCCGAACAUAGGAUUACACGUCUUGAGAGUCAGAAUGAAGACUAUUUGGAGAAAGAGAUCGAGAAUGAGAAAAAUACAACUCGUCUUGAAGAGGAGAGAGACAGUUAUAUGGCUUCCUUAAGUUUGAAGAGUAAAGAUUAUGAGAGGAAUGUUGGCGAGCUGGAAGAGACUAAAGAGAGAUUGAAGGAGAUACAAAAACAGUCUUCAGAAGACAAGUCUUCAAUAAAGGAUUUCCACAAAGAGAUUGAAAGGUUAAGGAAACUAGUCGAAGAUAAAGAUACAGUCAUCAAUCAGGCAGAACUAGAAUUUGAGCAACUGAACAAGUGCAAUUCAGAAUUGGUCAUCAGGCUGUCGGAAAAGGAGUUGGAAUUACAAACUAGCCAUGAUGAGGCACAGAGGGCGCUGUUUGAGAGGAAUGAGAGUAUUAGUGUAUUGAAACAAUCAAUGGCAGAUAAAGAAGAGGAGAUUGCUCAACAACAGAUCAAGAUAAAAAGCCUUGAGGGGAGUCUAGCUGCAGCCCAAGCUGAUACCAAUGGCAUAAAUGAUAUAGAGGAUACUGAUAAAUUAAAGCAGACGGUUGAGGAUCAAGAACAGCAACUAACUGAGAAAAAUAAAACAAUUAAGAUGCAGCAACAGAGACUCACUGAUCUCAAGAAGACUCUACAGAGAGAAUUGAAAGUACAAAACUCCACUGGGUAUGACUCACCGGAGGAAAUGUUUCGAGAUCGAGAUAAAGGUCAGAGUUCAAACUCCCCUGGGCAGCCUUCCAGCAGUGUUUUUCCACCAUCGCUAUACAACGACAGUCCAGGUUCUUUGGAUUCAUUCAACACACGAGGGAGCCCUGCUGGUGUAUUUGGGACUGGAUUGAACCGACAAGAUCUCCGAGAAGUGAACUUUCAAUAUCUGAGACAUGUUGUGUUUAAGUUUAUGAGUAGCUCAGAUCAAGAGGCCAAGCAUUUAUUAAAAGCAGUUUCUACGCUGUUGGAGUUUACACCACAUGAAGAAGGUUUGAUCAGUAGAACACUGGACUGGAAGACAUCUUGGUUUGGAGUCAAGCCGGCGCCAAAGAAAACAAUCCAAGUAUCUUCUCUUGCUUAUAGGUGAUAUUCGUAAUCUGACCUCAAAUCUCUUUUACUGCAGGCGUAAACUUUGCCUUAGAUACAUGUACAUGUAUGUCUCUAUUACAGGCUGUAUUUAUAAGAUAGUUUAAAUGCAUGCUAGGUUUGAGCAUGUUAUAUCAAGAUACAGUUAAAGGCACUGGACACUAUUGGUAAUUGUCAAAGACCAGCAUUCUCAUUUGGUGUUAUCCAACAUACUUUAUAUGCAUAAAAUAACAAACCUGUGAAAACUUUGACUCAGUUGGUGAACCAAGUUGCAAGAGAUUAAUGAAAGAAAAAUACCAUUGUUCCACAAAAUUGAGUGCUUUCAGGUGUCUAAAAGAGGCUUCAGGUCUGUAAUAUUUUAUUAUAUGAGUGAGAAAUUACUUCUUUCUAAAAAAUAUGUUACUUCAGAGGGAGCCUUUUCUCACAG